AUGGGUACUAUAACAAGUCAACCUGCUUACCAUAAUCAAGCCAGUGGGAAGAAUCACAAACUCACCAUGACUGAGACUGCAGAAAAUGCCGGAAAGGCUCAAGACAGUGAACCGCAAGAAAUGGAUCCCGUAUGCAAGAAAGUUGCCGAGAUGAGCUUGAAUUUCUCUUCAGAUUUGAAAGACGGAGUGCGGCCAUCAAGCGAAGGGUCUAUUACGAAGAAGACAUCCACAUUACUGCUACGUGAUGAGGACGAGCCUAACAUGCCGAAGUUGGCGGUAGAGGAGAAUGCUGUAGAUAUCGAUUCUGGGUCUUCCUCUAGUAGCGUUGAUGAAGAUGAGGAUGUUAUUUCCGAGGCUACAGAUCCCAAACAAGACCCCAGCGUUGAGAACAACUCCACAGGCGAAGAAGAGCCUGUGGAACGGCAACAAAAGCGUGGCAAGCAAACAUCGAAAAGUGAGACUGAAGUCAAGAGCUCAUUGAUGGUACCGGUGGAAAUCAGGUGGCAGCAAGGCGGUUCGAAGGUUUACGUGACCGGUUCGUUUACCAAAUGGAGGAAAAUGAUCGGCUUGAUACCUGAUGCUAACAAGAACGGGUUGUUUCAUGUUAAACUCAGGCUGCUUCCAGGUACGCACAGAUUUAGGUUUAUAGUGGACAAUGAGCUUAGAGUUAGCGAUUUCCUGCCCACGGCUACGGAUCAGAUGGGAAAUUUUGUCAAUUACAUAGAAGUCAGGCAGCCACAAAAAAAAUUGACAGACGAUAAAAAAAGAUUCAAGAAAGCAUAUCUCAUGCAGCCACCCACCAGCGAUCGAUCCUCAAUUGCCCUUCAAAUCGGUAAGGAUCCGGACGAUUUUGGGGAUGGGUAUACCAGAUUUCAUGAAGAUCUUUCCCCAAAACCUUCGCUGGAAUACACCACGAACAUUCCCGCUGUGUUCACCGACCCAUCUGUAAUGGAACGGUAUUAUUACACAUUGGAUCGAGAGCAAAAUCAAAAUGACACGUCAUGGCUGACGCCGCCCCAAUUACCCCCUCAGCUUGAAAAUGUCAUCUUGAAUAAAUACUAUGCGACACAGGACCAAUUCAACGAAAACAACUCAGGUGCGCUACCUAUUCCGAAUCAUGUGGUGCUCAAUCAUCUCGUAACGAGCAGCAUAAAACAUAACACCCUUUGUGUGGCCUCCAUUGUUCGAUACAAACAGAAAUACGUCACACAAAUUCUUUACACACCCAUAGAGUCUUCAUGA